GCGGGUGGAGAUUCCUUGAGGAGGAGACGCACAGCUUCUGAUACAUAAAGAACAGACAGCAUCUACUUCAGACCUUGCACAGAUUUCAUUGCACAGAUAGAGGAAACCUAAUUCUAUUUUUAAAAAUUGACCAUCUUGAGGUUCACAUGAUCCCUUGAAAGUGUUGUUCUACUGACUGCUCCAGUAGAACCAACCAACGAAAUAACGUCGGGGACUUCCUGCAAGGCUCAACCGCUGGGCUAUGGCGAUUGAAGGGGUGGAAGGUUAUUGGUGAUACAACCAAUGGGCGCCCAGGAGCAAACCGUGGAGCAGGAGCCCUGCACGUCACCCAGGAUGUUGCCACCAAGCAAGCGCCUGAGAAAGAAGAUGGCAACGACAGAGGAGAAAACCGGCACGGAUGCGGAAAUCCCGGAAGAGGCGGUGGCGGAAACCCUGGUGGUGGGUCGCCGUGCCCAUCCCGACGGCAAUGACGGAGACGAGAGGAAAGCCGAGAAGUUUACAUGCUGCAUUUGUGGGAAGAACUUCACGUUCCUCAGCGUGCUGUCGGUCCACAUGCGGACGCACACCGGCGAGAAGCCCUACAAGUGCCCUUACUGUGAGCACAGGGCCUCCCAGAAAGGCAACCUCAAGAUACACAUCCGCACUCACCGGAUGGGCGACCUAAGCGAGAGCCAAGAGACAAGCAGGGGAGGGCAGCGGGAGGAAGAGCCCCGCACGACAGAAGUCCUCGGUGGUUCCCCCGAGGAAGGGUUGGCCAAGGAGGAUCAGAGGAAGGUGAUGCUGCGGAGGGUGAAGGAGAGGGAGCUCCAUGCCUCUGCCUUGCGGUGCCGGGGCUGCGGAGGAGCCUUCGAGAAACAGGAGCAGUUGGAUCAACACGAGCAACUCUUCCACAGGUUAUACAAGUGCAGGCUGUGCGACUACUCCACCGUGAGGGACGACCAUUUCCUGAGCCACAUCGAGAGGGUCCACAUCACCCUGGAGAUGCCAAAAAGCCCCAGCGAGAAGGGCCAGACCAAGCAGCGUCCCGGAGAGUUCUCCUGUGGGACGUGCCGGCAGACCUUCUCCCAGGCCUGGUGCCUGAAGGCCCACAUGAGGAAGCACAGUGGCUCGCUGGAACAUGGCUGCCACUUGUGUGGGCGCAGGUUUAAGGAGCGCUGGUUCCUCAAGAACCACAUGAAGGUUCACACUGCCAGGAACGGGAGCAGGACCAAAGCCAGGAGGAGCGAUGGUGAGGAUUUGGUCACCAUCAACGAUGUGGUGCAAGAGGAAGGAAUGGGACUGGCCUUCUCCCGGUACAAGAUCUGCAUGAAAUGUGGUUACCUCUUCCCAAGCCGGCAAAGCCUAAUCAAACAUGAGAAGCUCCACUCUAGGGAAUAUCAAGACUGCUCUGUGGAGCCACUGGCUGAGGUCAGUGGCAGCUCCACGAAAGAUUGCUUCCUUCGGUGCCUGAAUCUGAGGCCAGUUGUGUCGCUGGAGAAUUUUACGGACCGCUUGUUGGCGAAAGGGCUGGCGGAGUUGGAUCCCGUCAGUAGUUACCAAGCGUGGAGUUUGGCCUGCAGGGGAGAAGUGGGAGAGGUCACCAAGUACACGCGUCACGGAGGGUUGGGGGAGAGUCCGCCGGAUACCGAUGUGGCUGGCGACAGAGAGAAAGGGGAAUGCGUCCUCGCCACCGCCGAAAAGCGUAAGCGGGAAGGAAGCACAGACGGCAGCAGCUGUGCAAAACGGCGCAAUGGAAUGAUGGACAAGGGAUGUCGCCUGGCGGAUUCUGGGGAGAGCUCCGAUUCCAGCCCCGUGCCUCACCUCAGCAGGGGGUUGCCGCAGGGCAAGAGCACGGAGUGCUUGGAGUGCGGCAAGGUGUUCCGGACUUACCAUCAGGUGGUGCUCCAUUCCAGAGUUCACAGGAAGAACAAGAAGAGUGGGGCGGGGACAAGGGGUCGGGGCACUGGGCCAGGCUCAGCCAGCGAAGGGGACUCCACCUCCAACAGCCGGCCCAGCUCCCCCAGCUCCACCUCGGCCCCAGAAGAAUCGGCAGCACUGGGAUUGGGCCUGGGCCUGGGCCAGGGCCAGGACCAGGACGGAGCCAGCAGUUCGGGAGACGGUGCAGAGGUGCAGACGGAAAUGGAGAAGCCUCACAAAUGUUUUCCAUGUGAUUACACAGCGACUGAGUCACCUGCGCUCCUUUGCAACAAGGACAGCCGCCAAUCAUCGCCUCAGAAUGGAACUAAAGAAGACCUUCCAAAUCCCACCAAUGGGAAUCACGCUUCCUUACCUGAUAUAGCUGGAGUCUUCCUUUCCCACAGGGAUGCCGCUUGCUCUUUGGAUGAUAAGGGAUUCCAUGCAUCUUCUGAAUAUGGUUCUCUUACUGAAGCAUGCACACCUUUGGAACAACCUAAACAUGAGCUUAUUGGAGUCACGGGAGAUGGCCUUCAUUCUAACUCACCCCCAAGUUACCAGAAUCCAGCAAAGAGCAGAGCGAUGUCAAGGAAUGCAGUGUCACCUCAGUUGGAAAGAUUAAAUGGCAACACUCUAAGGACAACAAGGCCUUCACAAUGUGCAGAGAAAGACCACAUCUCUGAUUCAAAUAAAACUGGAGCCCAAGAUGAGUUUCCUUUGGAUUUGACCUUGGCAUUGUUGAAUGAUGUUCCUUGCAGAGAUAAUUUCGCUCUGAGGGACAGACUUUCCUCGUCACCACAGAAUGCCAUGGUCAUCCAUUUCUGCCAGUUUUGCAGUCACACAACCCUUUACCCUGAAGUUCUAUUGAUGCACCAGCGGGUCAACCACAAGCUGAACCUCCACAUUACCCCUCCGGAACGUCUUUUGAGGAAUGGGUCAAAAGCCAAGAGUCUUCACCUGAUGGGGGUCAGUGGCGUUAGACGCACAGGCCCUCCUCCUGUGUUGAAUGGGAAAGAGAGUUCUCCCGUGGCUCUUUCUCGACCAGUUCGCACCCGCCCUCCCUGUCCAAGCCAAUCAGCAAUGCUGAAUUCUGCUCCAUCAACCUUGGAGAUUUCUCGAAAGCCACUUGAUUCACCCCUGUGCAGAACGUCCACCCAACCUACAGGCAAAAUAUAUGGAGGCCUAGUUCAGGAUCUUCACCAGUGUCAGAGAGCAAACAACAGCCAGGAACAACAUAGGUUUACUUCAGAGUCGAGAGCGAGACCAAAUAUAGGUUUACGACAGAAAAUGCUACAAGUUGGUAACUUUGAGAAAAGUUUUUUUAGUUCGGCUUCUGUGUUUCUGGGAUCUGGCAUGCCAAUUGGGAGAGCGACAGAAGGCCAGGAUAUUCUGAAAGAGGCUGGGGGUCUCGCACAGUGCGUUGAUCGGUGCCCGGCAUACCCAACAAAGGUUGAAGAUGGUCGAGGACUCAAGGACCAAACCUCAUCCAGAGGUGACCAGCAUAUUCUGUAUAAAGCUACCCCUCUGUUUCAGCAGGAGUGCCAGUCAGUAGGUACAAGUAAGCUGGGCUCAUUGGGGAGUCCCCCACGAGAUGGGCGGACCAACGUGCUGAGGACACAUUACUCCAGCCCAGCAAAAGUCUCCACGUUUGUACACGCUGUCGGACAGGGAUCACCUCCAGAAGCAGAAGAUGUGUCCAAAUACAUGGAUCCCCUUCACAUGCUUAUGCCCUACAGAUCUCGAGACCUGUCUGCCUUCUACCAUAGCUGGGAAAGUAACUGUCGCUUUCUGUAUCCAACCAACAAAGGAGGUGGGAGACCCUUCCAAUGCCAAUUCUGUCCUUAUAGUGCUUCCCAGAAGGGGAAUCUGAAAAUGCAUGUACAAUACGUUCAUCGUGUACCAUUUGACAACAGUUUGUAUCCAGAUCGCCGCUUCAAACUCACCUAGAGUGAAAACAGCCUCCAUAAAGCAGUGGAGUUGCAGUUUGAUCCCUCUUCACUUGAUCAUUAUGUUCCUGGAGCAACUAUCCUGAAAUGAGAUCUUCCGCAAACUCUUCCCAUCUUAGGAGUCUCAGGAUUUCUCCAUUCACAUGGAGCAGAAAGUGGUGGAAGUCUUUUGGCGAUGGAGUGGGGAAUGGGGCAACACUGUUGUGGGUCUGUUCUAGGCCUUAAAGAGGCAGGGAACAAUUAUUUGUGGCAUAAAAUCAGACAAGUACUGACUGGUUCACCUCGUGAGAAACAUCUGCUCUCUGCAGGUCGUUACAGAUCAGUAGCGCUAUUGAUGGAAAAGUCAGCAAGCUGUUUGGAAAGUGUUUUUAUUGACUAUUUGCAUUGGCAAUGGAUAAAUCUUCACUGGAUCACACCCUUGUUUUUUUUCUCCAGACUUAGAAAAAUCAGCUGUGAAUUUAAGACAUGCUAAUAUCAUCAGUCUGAGACUAGAUACAACAGACUGGUUAUCAGCAAAAUACAGUAACUUAGACAAGCGACUCCACCCUUAUCACAUCACUGAAAAUGGUUGUUAAACAUAGAAGACCAACGUUUAUCAAAGAGGCAUUCAUACUUUUUAAAAAUUUAAUGACUGGAUUUGGCAAAACUAAUUUCUGUUAACAAUUAAAAGGCAAGUUACGUCACCAGGAAAGCUAUGUGCUAUCCCCAAUAGAACAGGUACUACAUUUUAACAAGAACACAUGUAUUUUUUUUUAAUGAUGGCAUAUUAAACAAGAGAAUUACCCUUUUCUCCACUGUCUAGACUUCAUUUUAGAACAAAUGAAUACUUCUGCAGAUACAGAU